AUGGUCUUGCUUCACUCCCUCGUGAACGUGAUCAUCUUGGCCUUGCUCCUCCUCUUUGCGUUUCAGUACCAGACAAUCCGUAAUAAGGAAGCCACGGAUGCGCGCUACACGCUCGCUUCCUAUCUCUUCGCGAGCAACGAUCACACACAUUCGUACCUUUAUCGCCGCAUCGAGACCAUAGAUGAAUUCGUUGGAGCCCUUGAGAGCAUCGUGCGGGCCUACUACGCCGUGCCCACACGCAGUCGAGGGUUGUUCAUGCAUUACACGAACUCGAGUUCACGCGACUUCGACGCGAUCGCUCCACCGACACUGUUUCUGCAAUAUCAUCUGGGCUACCAUGGUGCACCGUCUUACGCGCAACUGGGAACGAAGACCUACGCGCUCACGCUGGAAAGCCCGACAGGCCCGUUUGUGAACACCACGGCGCUCCUGAACAACGCGAGCGAAUCCUGCACGCCGCAGGCAGACCCGGUGGCAGGUGGAGCGUUCAUACCAUGCCGCGUUUCGGCCAUCGGCGACUUGCUCGAUCGCGUGGUGUUGCUGCGUCUGGCUUUUUCCCUCUUCGCCCGCUCGCGGCGGUGGGCCGGCGACAGGGCAGCCACAACCCCCUCCACCUGGGACGUUGUGGUAGACUAUGGCUUUGAGGGGCACAAGGCCGCUGUGACGAUGACCGUGCGUUUGUCGUCCGUCUCGCGGCGCCAGCUAGAGCAGGAGCCACUGCUGCUGUGUUGGGCUGUGGGGCUUCUCGCACUCGUAGACAUGUGCGCGCGGCUGCGUGUGCAGGUGAAGGAGAUGACGGUGGUGAACUCCAGGCACCACCAUUACGGCACUCUUCCCGGCGAGGAGGAGGGACUGGGGAAGGUGCAGAUGCUGUCACCGACACUCGGCACUGUAAAGGCAGGGGAGAAUGGCUGGCGCUGGAUGGGGUACCUUUCUAACGUAGCCGUUCUCUCCUUCGCCACAGUAGCCCUGGUGGCGCAGCACAAGCGCUGCACCAAUGCCUCGCUUGAGGAAGCAGUCACCCUGCUGCUUGCCUUUGCCGCCAUGCUGAGCAGCUUCCGCGUGGUCGUGCUGCUAAAGCUGUUUCCUGCGUGGUACGUCCUCAUCGACGGGCUCGCGACAUCACUGCAACAGCUCUCUGUGUUCGUGGUUGGGGUACUGCCAGUGCUCAUUGGCUACGCCGUGUGCGGCACCGCGGUGUUUGGUGGAAUGAGCGGCAUCUACUUCCAGAGCAUCCCAAGCGCCACUGUGACGCUUUUGUGCUCCAUGUUUGGUGACAAUCUGCUCAGCACCUUUCUUCACAUGGAUCAAUCUCCGCACUGGCUGCAGAUGCUUUUCGUUCGAGUGUUUAUCCUCACCUUCCUAGCUCUGUUUGUGUGCAACAUCCUCAGCAUCGCCCACAGCAUCAUACAGGACUCCUACAGUCAGGCACUCAAGUCGUAUGCGAGCACCACGACAGCGGCUGCAGAGGCGGCCGCCGUCGCUCAGCAGCAGCGACCCAGCGACAGCAACGGCUGGAUCGGCGCCUACGAGGAGAUGAGUGACGACGAGGGCGGCGCCGAGCAUGACCGGCGUAACCGACCAGAUGAGCGGACGCCGGAUAGCGCCGCCUCCACCGCUGCCACCUUGGCGUCAUACUCGCGUCCAGAACACUCACCGGGUAACAGCAGCAACGCGCGACGGCAGGCAGUGCCACCAUUCAGCCCACGUGAGGUGCUGCGAGCAGCUGAUGUGAAGCGGAUGCUCAGUCGACUGGAGCGCGUCUCUCUCUGA